UCACAUGAGUUCAGGAAAACUGAAACUGAAGUGUAGUUGAGCUGUUGUGUGUUUGUGUCUCUGUAUUCAUGCAGUAAAAUGGCAGAAGCCAGAAUUUCAGUGGAUCAGAAUGAGUUCCUGUGUCCAGUGUGUCUGGAUCUCCUGAAGGAUCCAGUGGCCAUUCCCUGUGGACACAGUUACUGUAAGAUCUGUAUUACAGACUGCUGGGAUCAGGAGGAUCAGAUGAGAGUCUACAGCUGCCCUCAGUGCAGACAGACCUUCAGUUCAAGACCUGCUUUAGCUAAAAACACCAUGCUGGCUGAAGUGGUGGAGAAACUGAAGAAGAGAAAACGUUCUGCUGACUGUUAUGCUGGAGCUGUAGAUGUGCAGUGUGACGUCUGUACUGGAAGAAAACCCAAAGCCGUCAAGUCCUGUCUGAUGUGUCUGGAGUCUUACUGUCAGACUCAUUUUGACCGUCAUGAGGAAUUUCACUCACAUAAGCCACAUAAAGUGACUGUUGCCACUGGACGACUGCAGAAGAUGAUCUGCCAGAAACACGACAAGAUCCUUGAGGUUUUCUGCCGCACUGAUCAGAAGUGUAUAUGUGUGCUGUGUAUGGAUGAACAUAAAAACCACGACACUGUAUCAGCUGCAGCACAGAGGACAGAGAAACAGCACCAGCUGAAGGAGACGCAGAGGUCGUUCCAGCAGAGGAUCCAGCAGAGAGAGAAAGAUCUUCAGCAGCUGAGAGAGGCUGUGGAGUCUCAUAAGCGCUCUGCACAGACAGCAGUGGAGGACAGUGAGAGGAUCUUCACUGAGCUCAUCGCCCACGCCCGACUACGGAGCAACCAGACAGAGCACCUCAGUCAUUCCAUGUGCCAAGAUUUCCAUACUGCCCAACAGUUCUACCUCGAGGAAGCUGGCUCUGAAAGCCAUCAGACCAUGUAG